AUGGCCCGCGCGCGCCGAGCCCGGAGCGGUGCGGCCCGGCCGGCGCGCGCCAGGCCGCAGGGGGGAGGGGCCCCGCCGCGCCGCCCCGCGCCCCGCGCCUCGCCUCACGCCGCGGCACGCGCCCCUCGGGUCUCCGCGAGCCCUGGGCGGGGCGCGCGCCGGUCCGCCCCUCCCCCACGCCGGCGGCACGCGCCCCCUCCCCCCGCCCCCCGGGCUCAGCUGCUCUGCGCGCGCCGGGGAGGAGGAGGCCGGGAGGUGGCAAAGGGAAGGCUGCGGGAGGGAAGACCUCAGGGACGCGAAGCGGGAGGGGAGGUUGCGGGGAGGAAAGCCGCUGCCGGGUCUUCAGCCACCCUGUUGCUGCUGCUCCCGCUGCCGCCGCCGGCCGGGCAGCGCCUCACGGGGCGGGCUGCGCUCCGCUGUCGCUGCGACGCUCGCUGCUGCUGCCGGCGGCCGCUCUCUGCAGCCGCGCUCCCUGUCCUUCGGCUCGGUGGCAGCCCCAGCAGCAGCGGCGGCGGCGGCGACAGCGGCUGCUGCAGGCGCCGAGGCGGCGGCUCCACCUGUAUCUUAAUUUUUAAAAAAAUUGAAUAA